AUGGUUUUUCAUGAAGUUCUUAGAAUCAUGUAUCUGGUCCAGAUUAUCACUGGGGUUCUGGGGAACUCUUUUGUCAUCCUUCUAUACAGUUUCAAGCUCAGCACUGGCCACAAGACAAAACCUAUAAUCAUUUUUCUUAUUCAUUUCCUCUUCACCAACAUCAUUUUCCUUCUUUUCAGGGGCAUCCCAAAAAUAAUUGAUGUUUGGGAAUUUAACUAUUUUGUGGAUUUCACUACAAGUAAAAUCAUAUCUUACUUGCAGAGAGUGUCACGAGGCCUUUCUCUCUGCAGUUCUUGCCUCCUGAGUGUCUUCCAGGCUAUCACCAUCAGUCCAAGAAGCCCCAUAUGGGUAGAGGUCAAAGCAAGAGUUCCAAAGUAUGUUUUACCCUGCUGUCUUCUCUGCUGGAUUUUCAAUCUUUUGGUAGACAUAGUAGUGCCAGUGUAUGGCACUGGUCUGAGGAACAGAACGCACAGUAAAGAAAGAUGGCAAAUUGGUUUUAAAGCUUUAGACCUCUACCCCACCAAGACUGUCAUGUUUCUUGUCUGGAAAUUUGUUUAUGAUAGUGCAUUUGUGGUUCUUAUGGCCAUUUCUAGUGGUUACAUGAUAUUUGUCCUCUAUAGACACCACCAGCAAGUACAAAAUAUUCAAAUCAGCAGUGUAUCCCACAAGAGCUCCCCAGAGGUCCGAGCCACCAAAACCAUCCUGCUGCUGGCAACCACCUCUCUUAGCUUUAACUUGAUGAGUUCCAUGUUUAUGAUUUAUAUGACUUUUACUAAAGUAGCUAGUCCUGUGAUGAUUCAUGUUUCUGGUUUACUUUCUUUGUGCUUCCCAACACUUAGCCCCUUUAUUCUGCUUAACAGUGACUUCCAGAUUACUAGAUUCUCCUGUAUUCAUUGA